ACUGUUAAGCUAGCAAGUUUAUAGUUAGCCGAAGGUAGCUUAUUAUCUUCCCAUUUUUGCAUUUGCUAAUACAACUGUUCAGCUAUCAACUUCGCUUUUGUCUUGCAUGCAUCGGCCACAGGACUUCGUUGAACCGUAACUUUUGCAGAACACCGCAUAUUCUGUACUGGGCAAAGUCAUAAGCCUAACAGGCUAACAGGUUUAGCUACCGUUAGCCAUGGCCCUGUCUUGUGUGACAUGACAACUUUCAUGACCUGCUGAUGAUUCGUGUGUAAUCUCAGUGAUCCUGUGAUAUUUCUGCCCGGUGGACCAUCUUAACAGAACACCAUGGAUGAGGAGUCUGUAGACCAAGCGACCAGUCUGUCUCCUCCAAGCUACAACGCUGGAGCUGACUGUAACCAUGGUGACCAGAGCUCACUGUUGAGCCAGCAGAAGAUGGUGUCGGAAAACCACAAUUAUCUCCAGCACCAUCAAACACUGGCCUCAAAAGUUUCAGCGGAAGAGGAAGAGGAGGAGAGAGGAGUGUGGUGUGAGUCUGAUGUCAAUGUAGUACAACACAACAACCUCAAAAACACAACAUCAUCCACUAAGAAGUCUUUCCCCUGCUCUGUGUGUGGACGACUCUUCACUACAAAACAGUCCCGGGACCGACACAUGAAGACCCACACGGGAGAGAAGCCGUUCCACUGCACUGUGUGUGGGAAGAGCUUCUCUCAGCAGUCCUCCUUUAGGAUACACCAGAGGAGCCACACGGGGGAGAAGCCCUACUGCUGCCCUGAACCUGACUGUGGGAAGAGCUUCUACCAAUCAGGAGCCUUGUUGAGACACGGAAGGAGUCACGCUGAGGGGUCUACUAGACUAAGAACUGCUGCAGAUGUGCUGCCACACCAACAGGAGCUGCUCGUCCGACGGGACGAUACCAGUAGCAAGAAUUCUAGACUUCAGGCUGCUGUGGAUGUGCUGCCAGAGCAAGAGGAUGUCCGUCUGGCCCAAGGUACUGGUAACCAUAGCGACCAGGGCACGCAGACUCAGAGGGGGGGGUCAGUGAAGCAGCAGGACAGCGGUCAGACAGACGGACAGAUCAGGAGAGGUGAAGAAGAGGAAGCCGGUGGUUUAAUCAACUCCGAGGAAGUUGGCUGGGAUCCUCCUCAUCUUGGAGGCAGUCCUCCUCCUCCUCCUCCCAGCUCUGGCCCUUCUACACCGGGAGGCCGACCUGUCCAACACCAGCAGAACCACAGGAAAUCUUCCCACACCAACACCUGUCAGAAGUGUGGAGAGCGGUUCCCUACCUUCUAUCAGCUCCGUGUCCACCUGACCACCCACCGGGGAGAGAAGCCCUUCUCCUGUCCAGACUGUGGCAAACGCUUCUCAGCCCGGGGCUACAUGGAGUCACACCAGAGGGUACACAUCAAGGAGAGACCAUACCCCUGCCCCGACUGUGGUAAGAGGUUCCUCUCUCUGGGAGACCUGAAGAGACACCAGCAGAGCUUCUCCGACGAGAGACCGUACGGCUGCUCCGAGUGCGGGAAGAGCUUCACCCAACCGGGGUUCCUAAGGGCACACCAGAGGACACACACCGGGGUCAAAGGUUACCCAUGCCCCUACUGUCACAAGGACUUCUUCACUGCCUCCAGUCUGAGGAGACACAGGAAGCAGGCGCAUGCGGAAGAGACCGUCACACUGCCCCCUAGUGGUGGACUCCAGCUAUCACAUGCUGGAGAGACCCUAGGUCAAGCUGAAGCUGGUGUACCAGUACUGAAGGUCAUAGUGAAGGAGGAGGAGGAGGAUCCUGCUUUUGGAGAGAGUUCUAACAACCACCACUCUGAGUCUGAGGAGAGUCUCCCUGCAUCCGUAGAGCAAAAACAACAACAACAACAACAUAAAAAGCAUCACAGCUGCCACAGAAGAGCCCACCCCUGCCCUGUGUGUGGAAAGGAGUUUCCCAUUGCAUACAAGCUACAAGUCCAUAUGAGAAUCCACACUGGAGAGAAGCCUUUCUCCUGCUCUGUGUGUGGGAAGAGCUUCGCCCAGAAGGGGAGCCUGACACUCCACCAGAUCGUCCACACAAGAGAGAAACCUUACUCCUGCCCCGACUGUGGGAACACCUUCUCCCAGAUGAUUAGCCUGAAGAGACACCAACUUCUGCACACGGGAGAGAGACCGUACCGCUGCUCUGAGUGUGGGAGGAGCUACACCCAGCAGAGGAACCUGAGAACACACCAGCUGAAGCACACCGCAGAGAGACUCCACCGCUGCUCUGUGUGUGGAAAAAGCUUCUUCACGGCCUCAGGACUCAGGGAUCACCAGAGGUCUCACACAGGAGAGAAACCGUUCCCCUGCUCCGUGUGUGGGAAGCGCUUCUCACGGCCUGGUCUCCUGAGAGAACACCAGCAGACUCACAGAGGAGAUGGUAGACAGACGGAGGGAGACAGCAGCAAGGACACUGGUGACCGAUCGAGGCCCAAACCCAAAGAGUCCUUGGGUGAAACUCUGGGACUGAAAAUUAUAGUUGAAGAACUGGAGAGAGAAGAGGAGGAGGAGGAAGUUGGUGGUUUGAUCAAUUCUGACGGAGAGGAAGUUGCUCACAAUUCUCUUUCUGGAAAAAGCCCUGUCCCAGUCUUUGUUAGCGGUGAGAUUCCCUCUACAUCAGCAGAACGUGAACAACACCACCAACAAAUCCUGGAGAAACGAUGCAGAACCAAAAAGCCUCACCUCUGCUCUGUGUGUGGAAAGGAGUUCCCUAAACCAUCGAAGCUAGUUGCACAUCUCCGCACACACAGUGGAGAGAAACCCUUCUGCUGCUCUGUGUGCGGUAGAGGCUUCUCCACAGGGGGCAUCACCCUACAGAGACACCUAUUAACACACACCGGGGAGAAACCUUACCACUGCUCUGUAUGCGGGAAAAGGUUCAUCCAGCGGGGGAAUCUGUUAAAACACCAGAAGGUGCACACUGGAGAGAAACCUUACUCCUGCUCCGUGUGUGGACGGAGUUUCCCUCGGUUUGAGCGUCUGAAGGACCACCAGCGGACGCAUACGGGAGAGAAACCUCACUCCUGCGAUGUCUGUGGGAUGAGGUUCUCCUACGCGUCCUCCCUCAAGGUCCAUCGCAGGAUGCACACCGGGGAGAGACCUUACGAGUGCUCUGUCUGUGGGGAGAACUUCAACUCAACAGCAAACCUGAGGAAACACAGACAGUCCCACACUGGAGAGGGGUCUGCUGCUGUUACUGGGGGAUUUCAGACUGCUGGAGGUGAUGCUCUGGGAAAUCAUCAGACUACACCUGUAGACUAUUCAAACCAGGGAACCGUUGUCAAAGAUAAAAGCUCUCCGGGCCCAGACCAAGGCCACGGUGAAGGCUGCAGUCAAACAUCUACCAUAUAUAUCGAUAGUGAAGAAGAAGAGGAGGAGGAGGAGGAAGAAGAGAUGGAGGAGGAAGUUGGUGGUUUGAUUAAUUCCGAAGGAGAAGAAGUUAAUUGGGAUUCUCUCUUCAGAGAGAAACCGUUCAGCUGCUCUGUGUGCGGGAAGCUGUUCUCCCGGAAGGGAAAGUUGGACAGACAUGAGAGGACCCACACUGGAGAGAAACCCUACCCCUGCCCUCACCCUGACUGUGGGAUGAGCUUCUCUCAGUCUGGCAGUCUCCUGAGACACAGAAAAAGCCACGCUGGAGAUGGACUACAGGUAAGUGACGACGCCUCCAUUCUGGAAGAAGAGCCAUCGGGUCCUGGAUCUUCAGCAUUGCAGGGCCCGAAGUCGGUUUCGGAAAUGUUUGAGAACCAAGUUGAAGAUCAAGAAGAAGAUGAUUAUGAUGAGGAAGUUGGUGGUCUGAUCAAUUCAGACGGAGAAGAAAUCGGUUGGGAUCGUCAUCGUAUCAAACAGAGUGUCAGCCAUCCCUCUACAUCAGGAGAACAUGAACAACACCAGGACAACCACAACAACACAAAGGCCAAGUCUCACCACUGCUUCAAAUGUGGGAAAGACUUUGCCAACAUCUCUAACCUACGGCGACACCAGAAGAGACACACAGGAGAGAGUUCCGACCACCGAUCUGACAGCGAUGCCAGGAAGUCCCACUGCUGCCCAGAAUGUGGAAGAGACUGUAAGAAGCUAUCAGCUCUACAAAAGCACAUGAAGAUCCACACGGGAGAGAAGCCGUACCCUUGCUCCGUGUGUGGGAAACAGUUCCGUGAAAGAACAGCCCUCCGCGACCACCAGAAAGUGCACACGGGAGAAAAACCUUACCCCUGCCCCGACUGUGGGAAGACGUUCGCUCACUCGGGGGCUAUGAAGAGACACCUGCUGACGCACACCGGAGAGAAACCUUAUUCCUGCUCUGUGUGUGGGAGGAGCUACACCCAGAUAGGGCGACUGAGAGAACACGAGCGAUCACACAGCGAGGAGAAGCAUGACUGUUCCGUCUGCUGGAGGAGCUUCUCCAAAGCUACGGCCCUCGUCGCUCACUUCAGGACCCACACUGGAGAGAGACCGUACAGCUGUGAGGAGUGUGGGAAGAGCUACGUACGAACCCAGAACCUCCGAGCCCAUCAGAGGAAAUGUCACAGCAGCUCACUACCAGACCCUGGGACUGGGACAGUGGAGGACCUGGCUGCAGGGGUGAAGAGUGAAGAGGAUUCUAUUAGUAUCAGUGAUGAAGAGGAGAGGGAGGCUGCCUCUGGAGUUGAUGCUAGCAGGGAGGACCAAAACCAGGGCUAGCCUUCCACAUUAGGAUAGGAGGACCAAAACCAGGGCUAGCCUUCCACAUUAGGAUAGGAGGACCAAAACCAGGGCUAGCCUUCCACAUUAGGAUAGGAGGACCAAAACCAGGGCUAGCCUUCCACAUUAGGAUAGGAGGACCAAAACCAGGGCUAGCCUUCCACAUAGGAUUUUUCUGCGUCCCAAAUGGCACCCUAGUCCCUAAAUACCGGGCCCUGAUCAAAACUAGUGCACUACAUAGGGAAUAGGGUGUCAUUUGUGAUUCAGCAAGAGUCUUUGCGAUGAUUAUCUGUAGACCAAGAACCAAUAGAAUGGGCUUACUGUAGUUCUAAAUUCCACCAGAGGAGGGCAGCAAAGUCUGAGAGACUAAAUGAUUAGUGUCAAGAAAUUGAGUUUGAGCUAAAACAUACACUACAUGACCAAAAGUAUGUGGACACCUGCUCGUCCAACAUCUCAUUCUAAAAUCAUGGGCAUUAAUAUGGAGUUGGUCCCCCCCCCUUUGCCUCUAUAACAGCCUCAUACUCUUCUGGGAAGGCUUUCCACUAGAUGUUGGAACAUUGCUGCGGGGACUUGCUUCCAUUCAGCCACAAGA